AUGCCUUUCGAGCUCGCCUACAGCUAUUCCAACGCACAUUUAAUCGUUCAACCCGCCGAUGCGCGCCUCGAACCUCCCGAGAGCUAUCUCUUCAUUCAAGAUGGAUUGAUUAUUUCGUGCGGCGUAUUGUACGCGUUAUGUUAUCUCUUUUAUAUGGCUCGCACGUACAAGGAUAAGACGUUGUCGGGUUUUGUGGAGUAUCUAUGUGGCACCCUCUCCUACGAAAUCUACUACGCCUUCACCACCACCUCGACGCCCUUCGAACGCCUCAGUUUCCUCAUCUGGUUUCUCCUCGACCUGACCUUCGCCCUCGUCGCCCUCUUCACCGCCUAUCCAUCCUCACGCCGAAAACUCGUCGGAAGCAGACUCUUUCUCGGAACCCUUCUCGGACUCACUUUUCUCCAUUUCCUCUGUCGAAAAUUCCCCGAUGAAAGAGAACAAGUCACAGCCUAUUGGACGGGCUUACUGCUCCAACUACCGAUCGGAUGGGGGUCCUUGAUUCAUUUAUUAAAGAGGGAUAAUGGAACAAAAGGGCAUUCGUUAGAGAUUUGGGUCACACGCUUCCUCGGCUGUAUAACCGCCUAUCUCACCUUCUUCUGGAGAUAUUGGAACGUUCCUGAGAAUUGGUCCUAUGUGGGAUCCUUUUGGAGUAUUGCUUGUAUUGCCUUGACUAUGUUGCCGGAAGUCGUGUAUCCAUUUGUGUAUAUUCGUGUGCAUUUGGAUCAAGAUCGAAGAAGGGGCACGAAGAAGGUCGAGUGA